CGUCCGAUCAAGGGUUUCGUUCAUUGAUCGUUCGACGUAAUGGUUUGCUCUUGAAUCUAAAUUGAAUUGACCACUGCUUAAUUCUUCUCGCAGGGAGAUGGCGAAUCAAGGCGCGAAGAAGCGGAGGGACGAGAACAGCCGCCACAUGAAGAAACUCUUUCGCCUCAUCAUCUCUUGCAACGUUAUAUAUCUUGUGGUGAGGGCGGGGAUCUUUCAUUCUACUUUCAAGUGGAAGCAUUGGGUCGGGUUCAUCUUAACCUUUUUUUCCUAUGCUGUUCCCUAUCAACAACUUGCCGUGAUGGCAAAGCCGACAUAUGCAGAUGAUGGGGAGCUUUUAGACGGUGGUUUUGAUAUGAGCUCUGAUGGAAUUUGUGGAUAUUUACAUGAUGUCAUCUAUGUUACAGCCUUUGUGCAGAUCACAACUAUCAUCUCUGAAAAAUUUGUGUAUGUUUAUUUACUGAUACCAGCAUUUGUAGGAAUCAAACUCUUUGGUUUCAUUAAAGGGUUUUUUCCACAUGGAUCACAGCCAGUUGAAGAGGAUGAAAAGACGCGAAAGAAGCGUGAAAAGAUGGAGAGAAAAGCUUCAAGACCCAAGUUGAUGCGGACUAGAAAUAAGUGAUACGGAUUGGAGAUAAAAAGAGAAUAUGGCUCUAUGGUUAUAACCCGCUUCUCUGGUAUCUUGAAUCAGACUGCUUGCAUAUGUAUGAGUCCUGCAAAUGCAAGUCUAAUAUGCGUAUUUAAGUCUCUGUUUAUUUCAAAUUUAUGAAAAAUGAAAAUUAGUCUUAAUGCCCACGCUUAUCUCGGGAGUGACUUAAUGUUGUUGUGGAUGAAUAUAUCUAAUUUGCUCUGCAGCCAUUUCAAAAAUUUAUGCCUAAAUUUCUGAACUUAGGCUUGGCA